UUCAUCUGGCGCCUGAAUAGGGAUCUGCCCUCAUUUCCUCCCCCCAUGGGGAGCAACAGCCAACAUACUUACCAUCGUCUGGAACAGACCCCUAGGUGCACCUUCAUCCUCUGGCACCCCUCAGUGGACCUUUGUGGAUUCCAGCACAUUGCAUUCACCCAGCCAAGGAUGUCGUGGCAUCAGUCCCUGGAUCCAGUCCCAAAAAUGGCACAGACGGCACAGCGACCAAUCCGAUCCUGUCGUGCCAGUCGGCCAGUGACGUGUGGAGAUGUGAAGAACUUGACCGCCAAACCACAGGCAGUGCUGCAGCAGCAUCAAGUAGAGCAAACCCCCGAGAACCUAUGUGCUGCCAUUUUUGCGGUUUUAACUACAAAUUCCUUAGCCAUCAUUUGUUUCUGUUUGUUUGUUAACAGCUGCCCUUUGGCAGCAGCAGCUGCCAUCCCACCCAAACAAGCACUCGAGCAACGAAUAAAGCAAAACUUAUGGGUGCAGCUAGCUAACAUCACACAAAAUGAUGUCUUUUGCUUAUCUGAAGCAUAUGAUAUGGAAAAUUUGCUUUCUACAUGUUUAGUCCCUGUUUGCACCCCUUCUGCAGUAAUUCAAAACUUCACUGGCUUGGGUGGAUUUCUAUUAAAUGGGAACUUUAAUUAUGGGAUUAUAUCUAAUUGGGGGUUCGCUGCUUAUUAUCUACCCCGAUGCUAUUGCUUUGCACACCCCGGUAGUAGCAAUUCCUGUAAAUGUAAAGUAGUUGAUUGUACUUCUUCAAGUAAAAAAACCUCACUGUCUUCGUAUUAACUCACCUACUUUAAACUGCACAGCUUUUGAAAAGACUUCCUUUAAUUUUGUCCAUGUUUGGCUACCACAAGGAUGGUUUUUUACAUGUGGUCAAGAAACUUUUAAUUAUAUUCCUGCUAAU